UGUUUAGUGCUAAAAAUUAUAAACAGGCGUUUUGUGUUUUGCAAAAUAUUGUUAAAUUCCCUGUUUAAUUUACAAACAAAAAGUGUAAAUACUUGAUUUAAAUGGCCGACGAAACAGAGCAGCUCAGCCAGGUGAUUUUGCCGGUGAAGGAACCGCUGGAUCUCAUCCGCCUGAGUUUGGAUGAAAAGGUGUACGUCAAGAUGCGCAACGAGCGGGAACUGCGAGGACGUCUCCACGCCUUCGAUCAACAUUUGAACAUGGUGCUGGGCGACGCCGAGGAGACGGUAACCACUGUGGAGAUCGACGAGGAGACCUAUGAGGAGGUAUACAAGACCGCCAAGCGCACUAUUCCCAUGCUUUUUGUAAGAGGAGAUGGUGUCAUCCUGGUUUCACCUCCCAUGCGGGUGGGCUAGC